AUGGUCGUCGACGCAGAGAAAAAUCCGGUGCAGGACACCGCUGGUCUCCCUCCUUCUGAGCUGGGCUCACCGUCUUCGACGGUCGAUGAGGUGGCUGAGCCGCCCGUGGUGACUUUGAAAACAUGGAUUGUUUCCGGUAUUCUUUCGUGUGGCUAUGGUCUUUCAUUCUGGCCGAUUCCGGUCGUGGCAGCCAUCGGCGGUUCGAUCUCGGCGGAUAUGGGUGAUCCCACCGGCUACAUCUGGUUUAUUCCGGCAUGGACGAUCUCCAUCACUUGCGCCUUUCUAAUCUUGUAUGUUGUCCCGACCAUGUCGCGUUCCCCGUCUCCAUUCGCUUACACCCUUUCCAGUGGCCCGAACACCGAUCUUCUGGGUCGACGUUGGUUCCUGGUGCUUGGCAACUUGAUCUGCUUUGUUGGCCACAUCCUUGUGGCUUCAGCCAAAAACACAAACCAGGUCAUUGCGGGUCUAGCGGUGUCUGGGUUUGGUGGAGCCAACUGCCAGAUGGCCGCAUUUGCGCUACCAGAGCUUCUACCCAACAAAUGGCGACACAUUGGCGUGGUGAUUGCUGACCUUACAGUCUACAUUGCCGUUAUCGUCGCGCCCGUCACCGCACGCUAUGGCUACCAGUUUGGUACCUGGAAAUGGAACUUCUGGGGCGUGGCGAUCUUCCAGGGCCUGUCCUUCCUAGGUCUCCUGCUCCUCUACCACCCCCCAAGCACCCUUUCAUACCUGGAGGCGUUCAAGUCCAUCGACUACUUCGGUUCUUUCCUCUUCAUCGCCGGUGCCGUCCCCUUCUUGAUGGGUAUCGUCUGGGCCGGUGUCUACGACUCCAAUGACGUACACGUUGUGGCCCCCCUGGUGGUCGGCGCCGUGAUCCUCAUCAUUUUUGCCCUGUGGGAAACCUACGGCAAUCUGAAGUUCCCCUUGACGCCAAGCUAUGUCUUCUCCAGCUCCUAUGGCCGUGACUUCACGGCGCCCGUUAUCGCAUUGGCCGUCGUCAACAUGUUCUAUUACUCAUCCAGUAUCCUGUGGCCGCAGAUGAUCACCAUGUUCUACACGAACGGCGGCACGGACUGGAAGUACGCGAUCAUCUUGUCGCUGCCACAGGGUUUUGCCAUUAUGCUCGGUGCACUCCUGCUCACGCUCUUUGGUAGCAAGCUUCGACACUGGCAGUGGCAGUUGACCGGGUCGGUGUUUGUCAUGGUCCUCUUUGGCAGUCUGCUCGGCCUUGUGACGCCGACCAACAAGGGGAUGAUGACCGCGUUCGUGUUCCUCUCCCAGGCUGGAUUUGGAUGGGCGCUGUAUUUGAGUAUUGCCAUCACACAGAUGGGCGUCGAUCAUAAGAACCUGGGUGUCAGUGGUGGUAUCUCGGGCUGCAUUCGGUUUGCGGCUGGUGCAAUCGCAACCUCUGUCUACGAAACUGCGUACAGCAAAAGCCUGACCAAGUACAUGAUCAAGUACAUCCCCAGUGCGGCGAUUGCCGCAGGACUACCUGAAUCUAAAGUCACGGAUUUGAUGACGGCUGUGUCGGAGGGUGCCUCUGCCUUGAAGGCAUACAGCCCCACGGUUGCCGCUGCGGCCGAGGCAGCUUUGAGUCAGGCAUACUGCAAAGCCAUGUUUGUGGUAGCUAUGGUGUCCAUGGCCUUCGGUAUUGUGGGUCUGAUAGCUUGUCUGUGCUGCAAGGAUGUAGACUCGAAAAUGACCAACAAGAUCGAAGUCUACCUCGAGAACACCAACCUCUCCGACCGAAACAAGUUCCACUAA